UUUAAUUUGUUACUUGCCUAGAAUUUCCGGCAACAUGGAGGCAGUGGUGGCAGACGUUGUAGCUCCAGAAGAUUUAAAGAGGUUUGAGAACAAAUACAACUUGGAACUGGCAAAGGGGGCUGUGUCCAAAGACACCAAAUUUGAGUAUGCAUGGUGUUUAGUCAGAAGUAAAAGUACGAACGACAUAAAGAAAGGGAUUCAGCUGCUGGAGGAACUUGUACAGAAGAGCUCAAAGGAUGACCAGAGAGACUUCCUGUUUUAUCUGGCUGUUGCAAAUUACAGACUUAAGGAAUAUGAGAAAGCUUUAAAGUAUGUUCGCAUUCUGAUGAGGAAUGAACCUGGAAAUAAGCAGGCGAUUGAGCUGGAAAAGCUCAUCGAUAAGGCACUAAAGAAAGAUGGCCUGGUUGGCAUGGCGAUUGUUGGAGGCAUCGGCUUGGGCGUGGCAGGAUUAGCAGGACUGGUUGGGCUGGCUGUGGCUAAAUCUGGAAAGUCCUAACAAGGAGAUGAGGCUUCAUAGCUUCAAAAGAACAAGAUUGAUUAAACAUGGAGAUUGGCUUUUCAUCCUUAAACACCUGGAAGUGGACUGACUAAUAUAUCUAAUGACAGGGUCGUUGUUGUUUUUUCUGUUUUGCAUCUUUACUUGCACAAGCUAAUCACAGCAUCACCUUUUACAAAAUAUCAUGUUUUUUUGUGCAUGUGUCUUAAAAUCUUUGGGUAAAAUAUCUACAUAAGUAUUUCCUUUCACAUAUGUUGAAAACAGAAGUAUAACUGCAGUAUAAAUUGUUAGCAGGCUCUAAUUAUAGCUAGUUAUUACACUGUAACACGUUAAGUUCAUAUUUAUAAAUUGUACAUAAUCUAUGUGCAAUAGAGAAAUCUCUGUCCAU